CCAUGUUCUGGAGGGGGGGGCGUUGGAGCUGGGGAGACUGGGGCAAUGAUUGAAGUCGGUUGCUUGGGAGGCGCGUGGGGCCAGGGGAUGUUGGGAGCUGGGGGCUUGGGCUGCACCCCCGUCACUUCACCAUGGGGUCCUGGGAUUUCUCUGGGAAACCUGGGCCCCCUUUCAUUGCCCCCUCUCGGGUCUUCCUUGCUGAGGCUAAAGAAAACCUGGUUAAAAGUCUGAGUCCCAGGGACUCUGCACGGACAUCUGCAGGGCCGGAUGGGAGGCCGUUUGCAGCGGUGUGUAACCCCCCUCCCCUGCUUCUUCCAGGAGCCCCCCCGAGAGCGUCGGGCCCCUCCGGGCAAAGAGAGAGAAGCCGCCAAAGCCGAGGAGCAGCGGCAAAGCCAGGAGCUGCUGAGCCGGACGGCAGCCGAGAGGCAGAAGAUGGUCUGGGAGUGGCGGGAGCUGCGAGGGUUUCUGGCGGAGCAGGAGCUGCGGCUGCUGUCCCGGCUGGAAGAGCUGGAGAGAGCCAUUGUCCAGAGAAGGGAUGCGGGCGUCUGCCGAGGGUCCCGGGAGAUUUCCCUGCUCGGGGAGCGGGGAGGAGAGAAGGGGCAGCCGCCGCUGAGCCAACCCCUGCAGGAUGCUGGAAACCCUGGGAGCAGGGAGGACGGGGCGUUUCGGGAGCCGGAGCCGGGGCUUGCGGAGCUGGAGAGGAGACUCGGCGAUUUCUCUCUGACAAGGGCCGUCCUGCAGCAGGUCCUGCGGGGAUUCAAAGAGUCGCUGCGACGGGAGCUGGGGAGCGACACAGGAAAAGAGCUAGGGGGAAUCAAGACGUGAAAUGCACUGAGGUCCCUUCUGAACUCUCGCCUGUUCUCCCUCUCACCCCGACAGGCUCUAGAAUAACGUCUACGUUUAGGGCCAGAUUGCUUCAUCCUCCCAGGCGAGGGGGAAGGGACAUGGCUGAGGGGGAAGAGCCGGCUCAGGGGCCGGUGACCUUCGAGGAGGUGGCUGUGUAUUUCACCGAGUCAGAGUGGGCUCUGCUGGACCCCGCUCAGAGAGCUCUGUACAGAGACGUCAUGCAGGAGACCUAUGAGAACGUGAGCUCGCUGGAGUUUCCAGUUCCCAAAUCUGCUGUGAUCUCCCAGCUGGAAGGAGAGGUAAAGCCAGAGGUCCCAGAUGUCCAGGGCUCAGAGGAAAGAAAGAUCUGGAGGGAUGCCUGCCCAGCAGGUGAUGGGACGGUGAGUAAGAACGAGGAGCAGAAUCCACAGGAGGAAGAUGCUGAGCAAGUGGGACCCUACGUGGGGUUAUCCCAAAGCUCCAAAAGGAAUGUGUCCAGAAGUCACGAGCAGGGAAAAGACGGUGAGAGUGAGCACAGGCCAGAGAGAGAGCAGGGAAACCAGACAAGAGAGAACGUGAGUAUAUCCAUUAAUUACUGGGAAACUCCCAAGGACCAGAAGGAAACCACAGCCCAGAAGAGAAUCCCGACAGGAGAGAGAAACAACACAUGCCCUGAGUGUGGGAAAACCUUCAGUAGCCACCCACACCUUAAAGAACACCAGAGAAUUCACACAGCGGAGAGACCCUAUGAGUGCAGGAAAACCUUCCCACUGAGCUCACGGCUUAUUGCCCGUCAGAGGCUCCCCACAGGGGAGAGACCCUCUGAAUGCUGCGCAUGCGGGAAAACCUUCACUCGGAGUUCGUCCCUUAUUGCCCAUCAGAGGAUCCACACGGGGGAGAGACCCUAUGAAUGCCAUGAGUGUGGGAAAACCUUCAGUAGCCGAUCAGGCCUUUUUGACCAUAAGAGAAGCCACAGCGGGGAAAGACCCUAUGAAUGCUGGGAAUGUGGGAAAACCUUCACGCGGCGCUCACACCUGGUUACACAUCAGCGAAUCCACACGGGAGAGCGCCCCUAUGAAUGCCGUGAGUGCGGGAAAAACUUCUCUCAGCUCUCAGCCCUGAUCAGACAUAAGAGAACCCACACGGGAGAGAGACCCUAUGGAUGCUGCGAGUGCGGGAAAAGCUUCACUCAGAGCUCAUCCCUUAUUACACACCAGAGAAUCCAUACGGGGGAGAGGCCCUACGAAUGCCACGAGUGCAGGAAAAGCUUCGCUCGAAUCUCCGCUCUUGUUACACAUCAAAGCACGCAUGCGGGAGAGCACCCCCUUAUGAGUGCUGUGAGUGUGGGAAACGCUUCACUCGGAACUCAACCCUUAUUAAACCUGAGAGAGUCCACAUGGGAGAGCGACCUUAUGAAUGCUGGAAAACCUUCACUCGGUGCUCACCCCUUAUUACGCAUCAGAGAAUCCACAUGGGAGAGCGACCUUAUGAAUGUGACGAGUGCGGGGAAACCUUCAGUCCGAGUUCAUCCCUUAUUACCCCGCGUCAGAGAAUCCACACAGGGGAGUGAUCCUAUGACCGCUGUGAGCGUGGGAAAAGCUUCACUCGGAGCUCAACGCUUAUUAGGCACGAGAGGGUCCACACAGGAGAGAGACCCUGUGAGCGCUGUGGGCGUGGGAACACCUUCACGUGGCCUAUUACACAUCAGAGAAUCCAUACAGGUGAGUGCCCCUAUCAAUGCUCCUAGUGCAGGGGAAGCUUCUCUCAGCACUCAGCCCUUGCUGCACAUCGGAGGGUCCACACAGGAGAGAGACCCCAGAGACGCUUCUUGGGGGAAAAGCCUCCGUCCGCGCUCAGCCCUCGUUUAUCAUCAGAGAAUGGCUAAGGGAGAUCAACAUUACCAACCUCUUGUCUAGAGCCGACAAAACAUUGCUUUUCUUUAAUACUUUGGCUAAUUCCCACACAGCGGCCUUUCAGGCUGUUUGAAUCAUUUGCAUCGCCGCGGUCUCUCAAAUCUACCAGUGAGUUGCCCUCUUGUGCCUUUUAAAACUGGCCGUUCUUUGGGGUGAGUCCUGUUCAUGGGCGUGUGUCCCCCUCCUACCAGGAAUGUCCCGCAGCCCCGGGUUGGGGUGGUAAAGCUGACAGAAGUGAACUACGCUCACAUCAAAGCUCCCUGAUCUUGCCAUGUAAAAACAUAACUCUUCUUUCAGUAAAAACAAAGCCUGUGUGUACUGGCUGUGAUUAUCUAGCACAUUUCCUCAUGGCCUGACCUAACCUCGAUCCGUUCUCCUCGUCUAAACAAUCCCGGAGCAUCACAUUUAUACUAAAACAAGGAGGAGUCCGGUGGCACCUUAGGGACUAACGGAUUUAUUUGGGCCUGAGCUUUCGUGGGUAAAAAACCCACUUCUUCAGCUGCACCUGGUCGCAGGGUGCUUUGGAAAGGGUUUGCCAUGUCUCAUGAUGCAGGCAUGUUUAUGCUGUUCCUCUCACUGCAAAGGAAUUGUUACAGUCGCCUCAUUCCCCCUUUGGGGGUAGAUUCUCUCAUUCCCAGUUGUUCUCAUGUUGCCUUGGGUUGUGCUGAAUGGGGGGAGGGGGGUGUUGCUUUUCUUAUUUAAAUAUAACAAAGAACAGGAGCAGGAAAGAAAGUGUGACCCAAGAAAGAGAUGUGGUGGCUCCUAGAGAUUACCUCCUCCCCUAACACCCCAGAAGUGUUACCUUCUUUCUGGGCCGUGUUGAGUUUAUCUUUUUCACGUCCUACCCAGCCAUCUCCCUAAGUGUCACAUGAAGCAGCGUUCUCGGCUCUCGCUGCUCGGCCGUUGCGCUUUGCUACUAAAUUAGGGCUUGCGUACACUGAAAACACUGAUGUAGCUCUUCACCGCCCUUAGGGUACGUCUACACUGGCAGGUUUCCGCGCCGCGAGUUACACCCCUUUCAUUAAAACGCUGGGAUUGAACAGCCGUUGCGUGUCCACCCCGUCACAUCCAGGUUAGCAGCUCUUGCCACGCCAAAGACAGCAGUGCACUGCGGUCGCUAUCCCACUCUUGGGCCUCCGACUACAUUGCCAGCUGCUUUUCAGCUGAAGUGGGGGCGGGGGGAGUGUGUGCGUGGGGGCGGGGGGGAGAGACCGUGUGUUUUGGGGGACAGAGUGUGUGCCAGCAUGCUGUCUUGUAAGUUCAGACAGGGGCAGGAAGCAGCCAGUGCUGAGGCAGGGGGAGGGGGAAACCCCGACAUCAGCCCCCGCCUCCCUCCUUGGGCUCUCUGCACCGCGGUCUCUUUCGCUCUCUCUCACACACACACACCUGCCUCUGUGUUCAACGGCGCGAGCCUUACACAUGAGUGGUUUGCUUUGUGUCCCGGAGCAGAUCAGCACGCAACAGCUGUCAGAAGCGGUGCCCUGCCAGGGAAGGGGCACACGUCUCCAGGGCAGCUGAGUGCAAAACCGGGAGGGGCAGAGCGGUCCCUUGAGGCAUUACAGGGCCGCUCUGGAGGCCGGUUACAGCACGGAGAGCAAUCCAGUGUCUACACUGGCAACAGAGCGCUGGAGCCCCUGGGCCGAUAGCCGGGCGACUCUCCUGGAGGUGGGGUUUUUGCGGAGUUUCCGCACACAAAGUCGCUUUGGCAGUGUGCACCCGUUGGCAGUUUGAGCGUAAAAAGCUGCUUUAGUGUGCAGAAACUUGCCAGUGUAGACAAGCCCUAAGAGGGGACAGGUAGGUUGACAGGGAAAUUCUUCCAUUGACCUAGUGUGAUUUACACUAGGAGUCAGAUUGGUUGAACUGCUUCACUCAAGGGUGUGGAAAAAUCCACACCCCUGAGUGACGGAGUUAUACUGACCUAAUUUCCUACUGUAGACCAGACCUUGGGCUCAUUAAGGCGGGAGAUGAAGGUGUCACAGACCUGGGAGACAAAUUUGAAUGGAUCCCAAUCUCAGUGAUCAUGCAGAGUAUAAAUCCCUCUGUCUAUCACUGGCAAAGCCACUGCUGGGCUUUUUACUGCUGACAGGAAGGUUGCAGAUGGGCAGGUUGGGAGUUUUUUCUCCACUCUAAUGCUGCUAACUUUUGUAAAUAAGAUGAUUCAAUAAGUGCUGAGAGAAGUAGUUUUGAAUGGAUCAGAGGAGAAUGCUAUGGGAGAAUGUGUUCCUGAUUCUGAGCCAUAGAUAUAACCUGCUCCGGAACUUCAUUUUGUAUGAAACUGAAAGUGUCUUAUACCUCUCUGUGAUGUGGGUUUUCCUCUUUUUUUCUGAAGUCUGUUUGCUCACAUAAUUGGAUAUUAGUUUUGUUUGACUGAGUGAAGCUCAGAUUUAUUAGGGACUUUAACCAAUAACCGUUUACUAAAAUAACAAUUUCUGAUGUUAUUUUUGCUCUUCUCCUGCACCUCCAUGAUGACAUGGAGGAAAGUCAAGUGCCGUUCAGUCAACAGGAGAGAAUACGGCAUGCUAUUGGGCAUGCUACCAAGGAAGUCUCCAUUCUGAAAUGGUGAACAGCACACCCCAAAUUGUGCAACUAACAAAAGGAAACUGCCUAUGAUUACAGUGUGUUCGGUUCUUUAGGUAAAUGUUGUCUCAGAUGCCCCAAGGAGAGAAUUCCUCAGUAAGGGAUUUGGAAGUUGGCAAAAUACCCUUGUAUUUGAUUCCCAAAGUAGUUACGAUCUAGAUCUCAAUAUAUCUUCUAGCUAAACCUAUGAUAUGGAUAACGUUGUCCCCAUCUAUGUAGACGGGGAGGACGUAGAAAUGGCAUUUUUGCUGAACACAUCUUUUGGAGAUGCUUCAAAUGUGUGUAAAAUGAAAUCAGGGUUGAAUGUGAGAUAGCUGCAGAACGUCUGUUUUUGAAUAGCUGCCCCACCUUUGGUGGCUUACAGGGAUUCAGACCCAGGUCUGUUUCUAGUCCCUAAUUAAGACCCGUGCCACCAUAUUAAAGAAACAAAGUGGGCAUGUUUGGGGAAUAUUCCUCAUGGCUACUGAAAAGUGCCUGGUUUGGUAAAGGAGUUUACUUCAGUGAAGUGUACAUUUUCCUUCACAAAGGCCAAGGAUUUGGCAACAACUCCAGUAUUAAUAGCAGGUACACCGUGGGUGGUUUUCACCCCAGAGAAGGAGACCAGGCUGAUAUAGGCCCUGGUAAAACUGCUUUUAUAACACAGCUCCCUAGUUCAGUGGAAUGUAUUGUGGUCCCAAAGGAUGCCAUGAUUAAACCGGAAACAAGUACCCUAUACCAUUUGGAUCCCAAGUUUCAUGAGGCUUACAGAGAAGCCGGUGCCUUUGGCGUAAAGGGACUGGAUUUGACAUAAUUCGCAGCCAUCUUGUACACGUAGCCCACCAUAAGCUGGAAGCAGGAACACCACAUAGGAAUAAUUUGGCCUUGCUUAGGCAGACAGAACACAAACAGCGGCAAGCUGCAGUUUCACUAAGUAAAAAUAAUAAAGUGAAGGGACAAAUUCAUAAGAAGGGAGGAAAUGUAAAAAACUGACCUUGAAUCUGGUUGUCUGUGUUGGUAAGUUCUUUUGCUAAACCUGCUUUGCUGUUAAGGAGAAUAAUGAAUUGUUGCUAGAAAAAUCGAUAGCCUCUUAGGGGCUAUUAUAAGUUUAUGUGUUUUGUCAAAGGAAAAUCUAUAAAAAGUUUAGUGAGAAAGUGUGCAUGGAAGCAGUCCAAGGAGCUUUUCUUUGGGCAAGGGCCUGGCACCUAAAGUGCUCAGCAGCUGGACAGAAGGAGGGCCCCUGGAAGGCUGGUUGUGGAUUCCUCAAAAGCAUUUCAAACUUUAGGUAAAUAUAAAUGUGUUGAAUGCUUGAACUCUACUGCUACAGCAUGUAUAUGUGUGUGUGUGCUUCAAACCUAAUAAAAAGCAGUUUUAAAUAAAAGCACUUAUCA